GCUGUCCUGUUCAACGGUGUCACUGGUGAGGGGUGCGUUUGUGGGGUGAUGAGAGGAACAGGCAUGCCUCCCAGCCUUCUGGGGAAGCAGCGCCGACGCCCUGCGAGGAGCGGCAGAUAGAUAACCGCCACGUCCAUAGCCGGCUUAAUCAGAUGUGGCCCGCCCGGGGAAGACGCAAAGGCGGGAAGUGCGCGGAGGUGAUGAGCUGCUCCUUUUUUUUCUUGAUCAUCUCCCGUUCUUUGCCUCAGGUUGCCAAGAGGAGGUAGACUCACUGAGAGCAAAAAGACAGCUCUCUUUGUAUUGCUGCACUGUCUUUGCGUUGUUUACUCAAGCCAUCGCCAUCGCCGUAUACACACAUCCAUUCACAGUGAGAUUCAGAUAUCCACACACGCGCAUACCUUCACUGCGAGAUUCAGAGAAUACUAUUGUUGUUGUAUGAAAAAGACAUUCACGCAACGUAUUUGUAUAAAGGUAUCUGCUAGUUAGACAUACACGUAGACUUAUGAUGAAGACAUGGAGCUCCUGUGUAGUGUGCGCUCCCGUGGUUGAAACCGGCUCCCGCGGCGAGUGGUUUAACUCAGCUGUUCACUCGACCACUCGCUGCCGUCGGCGCCACAAUGACUUGCGUUGGUUGCGCCCGGAUAGUAUUAGGAGCGUUGCUUGGGUAAUUCCCGCGUCCCAUGCCGUUGUUCGUCGGCGUCGAAACCUCUUUUCCUCGACCGCUUUGUCUUGUCGAUCUAGAUUCUCGUUCCGCGAUUCUCCUCCCCCGCGUUCGCCGUCAGGAAGCCGAUCUUUCCCUCUGCCGAUUCUACGGGUAAGGUCUGUCCACCAGUCGGGAAAGGGCGGAGGACUGAAAGAUGCCCCUCCUCCACGGCCGCCACCACCGCAGGUGGCAACGACGACAGCGCAGACAACGCCGUCCUCUUCGCUGCCGUUUCCUCUCAAGCUGUUCUGGUCCAAGGAUGGGAACGCGUCGAUCGAGGAGGAGGGGGAGGGGGGGGGAAGAAUACACCCUUGCCGGCAAGCUAAGAAUGGCGGGGAGGCGGCUGAUCUGGCGAGGGGAAGGCACUAUGACGGCAGGCCAUCGCGAGGGCAUUGGCAGACGUCAAAAGCGCAGCUGGGAAAGGCUGCUGGGGAGAAAGAGCGCACAGGCGGAGGAGAGAGGUUAAAAUGGGCGGGGAACUCAGAGUCAGCAGCACGAGAAACGAUUGGUGGCCGAUCUGAUCGGCGCGGCCGUUAUGAAGGGAGCGCUGAAGGUAGGUGUGUGGAGUUUGCUGCAAACGGAGAAAGCGAGGGCAGUGAGGAGCAGCAACGAGAAAGACGGAAGGAUGAUGAUGAUGAUGAUGAGGAGGAGGAGGAGGAGGCAGUGCUAGAUUCCAUAUCGUCGGUAUAUGAAAGUGACCGGAAGGAGUGGGCUGGCCACCCGUCGGGAAAGGGCGGAGGAGUGAAAGAUGCCCCACGUCCACUACCGCCACGACCCCAGGUGGCAACGACGUCAACGCAGACAACACCGUUCUCUUCGCUGCCGUUUCCUCUCAAGCUCUUCUGGUCCAAGGAUGGGGACGCGUCGAUCGUGGAGGAGGGGGAGGAGGGGGGGAGGAUAUACUCUCGUCGGCAAGCUAAGAAUGGCGGGGAGGCGGCUGAGCUGAGGGGAAGGCAAUACGACGACAGGCCAUCGCGAGGGCAUUGGCAGACGUCAAAAGCGCAGCUGGGAAAGGCUGCUGGGGAGAAAGAGCGCACAGGCGGAGGCGAGAAGUUCAAAUGGGCGGGAAACUCAGAGUCAGCAGCACGAGAAACGAUUGGUGGCCGAUCUGAUCGGCGCGGCCGUUAUGAAGGGAGCGCUGAAGGUAGGUAUGUGGAGUUUGCCGCAAACGGAGAAAGCGAGGGCAGUGAGAAGCAGCAACGAGAAGGAGGGAAGGAGGAGGAGGAGGAGGAGGAGGCAGUGCUAGAUUCCACAUCCUCAGUAUAUGAAAGUGACCGGAAGGGGUGGCACUUCCAAGUGCGAAUGGGUCCGCUUCCUUACUUCGCCAGGGACGUUGGGGAGGAGCGAGGGGAGAGGGAAUCGGAGGUGGUGGGGGUUAUGAAAGGGGCAGGGUCUGCCGCAGGGAGAGGGGACGAGGGAUCGGUUAAGAACAGGAGCAUAGAAAAUCACGACGGAAACGGAAUGGGAAACGGACGACGAGGGCGAGAGGCAGAGGUUAGCCAUGUGCGCGGUAUCCGGAGGGAAGGUGUUAGACGUGACCUCUCGGUGGUUGAGCCAUAUACGAAGAGAAUGGAAAGCUACGGAGAUAGUCCAGAAGGAGCGUUACGGUCAUCGCUGGCUGGGAAGGAUUCGUCUUCUUCUUCUUCUCCGACUUCAGGGAAGCAAGUGUCGAUUGGGAAACCCGAGGGGGCUGGAGGGAGAGUUUCAACACGGAAGGAUGAGGCUGCUGCAGGUGGAAUAUGGCGCGUUGUCACGCUUCUCGAUUGGAGGAAGGAGAGGGGAAAGCCGCAACCGAAAGGAAAUGGAAGGGGUGAAGGCGAGGACAGACUGGAGGAGGACGGUGGAGCAGGAGGAGGAGCAGGGGGACGAGGGAAUUCCAGAGCGCUGCGGAACAUUCAGGCUAUCAGAGGAAGCACCACGUGCGAGGAUUGCGGGGUAUGUUCCGCGCCAAUCGGAACUUGCAGUCUGAGUGUUGCUGACGUGGCAGAGUGUGCUAUGGACAGGGUGGACAUGUUGGGAGAACACACCGGUUGCUCGGUGGAGUGUGGCUGUUGCGCGGGACUCGACAAGACCAGCAGAAAAAAGACUACAGGCGUGGGCAAAGGAGGCGAGGGGGUGUUACAAGAGCCGAACAUGCCGGUGGCACACACGAGGGAGACGCUGUCGCGAUUCCUCUUCCUUGCCACACUUCCGGAGAUUCGUACUAUCAGCAUUAUGUCCCAUCUGUGCAAUCUGGCGUACGCUAUCCCGGCGAUCAAUGCUGGUCAGCUCUUUCGCAAGUACCGCCUGAGGAUGGUAACAUCAUCCCUUGAUCAGAAGGAAGCUCCUCAGAAAAACAACAGCAACAGCAGUCUUGUGACUGAUGAUCUGCACGAGAAGUCAGGAGAUGGUGCGAAGGAAAAUCAGCAGCAGGAGGAGAGUGAAACAAAGGGGGGGUUCUCUCCGGCAACGGCGUAUGCCUUUGUUACUGCUGCAGUUUCGUACUUUCAGAGAAGGCGCGAUGGCAAAGAUGAAGCUGGGCAGGCCAGGCAGGAGCAGGAUGCACAAGGUAAAGAGGGUGAAGGAAAGGAACCGAAUAAAACGUCUUUGUCCUUUAUUGGAGAUCCCUUACCAGUGUUUGCCGAUGUGGAUGCUUCGUCUGCACUUGCUGGCAGCAAUGAAGACUCUCAAACAGCGUCACUUACUGGUCAGCUACCAUUUGUUGCUGAAAACAAUCACCUGGAUGGGUCUGGUGGCGAGGCAAAUCUUUGUUAUGGGGUGGAUGGCCACGAUUACUCAUCAGCAGAGAGGCAAUGCCUGGACACUGCACUCGACAGCUCCGCAGAAAUGACUGCAACAUUGGAUGUAGGUUCACUCAAUCUCCCUAGGAUUGUUCAAGAGGCAGGAAGCGAUAUGGAGGUGAGAAGGGAGAGAAAGGCGAAGGAGAGCUGUUUGAAGUCAGGCAUGGCACAUGAGGUGAAGAAAGGUUUACGGGACUCUGCACAAUCUGCAAAGUUCAGUAUGCAUAAUCGUCCCAUCCGGAGGAAGAUGGUGGGGGAUGUUGUGACACGAACAGAUGUGCAAGCACGUGACAAUAUAAAGACCCGGCAGCCUGCACAGACACAAAGGGAUAAACAAACAAUUACUGAACCGGAGCAACAGCCAUCUUGUCCGUGUGAGUGGUUCAUUUGUGAUGACCUCGGCAGCCAUACACGAUACUUCAUUAUCCAGGGAUCGGACUCUCUUGCGUCCUGGCAAGCAAACUUAAUGUUUGACCCUGUGCCUUUCGAGGAUCCAGCCUUGGGCGUGCACGUUCAUCGGGGAAUUUAUGAGGCAGCGCAGGGCUUGUUUAAGCAGCUCCUGCCUUUCAUCACCGGGCACGUAAGAUCUCAUGGCGAGAACAUGGCGCACAUCAGGAUGUGUGGGCACUCGCUUGGGGGUAGUCUUGCAGUGCUGUUGUCACUCAUGUGUCAUGCCCGUGGCAUUGUCCCAAAGAAUGUGCUGCAGCCUGUCCACACGUUUGGUGCCCCAAGUAUUAUGUGUGGCGGGGAUCAUCUCCUCCGUAAAUUGGGCCUUCCCCAAAAUUUCAUUUUGUCAGUCAUGAUGCAUCGAGAUAUUGUGCCUCGCGCAUUCGCGUGUGACUAUCCCGAUCAAGUCGCAGAAUUCCUUCGGAGAAUGAGCCCUUCCUUCAGGGGUCACCCCUGUCUUCUUCAUCAGGUGUUCCUCGAGGAUCGCUUCGGAGCCCGAUACGACGUGACUAACGCCUUCGAGCGUGUCGUCACUACACGCAGGUCCGGCUCUGGUGGCGCUGCUGGCCUGGACCACCACAUCCAGGUCUUUCAGGACGCCCACCUCAUUUGUGAUGUGACGUUCCUCCUCGAGGCUGCCCUUAUUUAUCGCUUCUUGGCCAGCCUUCCCCUUGAGUAUCGCUCCGAGUUAUGGCGGGAUGACUUCACAUCGGCCUCGCAGGCCUACGAGGCCGUCAAGGCUCAUGAGCGGAUGCGGGCCCGUCUUCACCCCGCUUCCUCCUCCCAGCCCCAGCGUACUGGCUACGCUCCCUCCUCCUCUUACGACACUUCCCAGCACCGUUCUCCUUUCCACGGUCGUCCCCGACAUUUCGCGCAGCAGGGCCGCCACUUCUCGCGCCGCUUCAAAGCGCUAGAUGGGAAGAGUACCACCCUCCAAUAUGAGGUCGAGCAGGCCCGGAUUGCCGCCAUAUUGAGAGAGAGAAAGGAGAAGAAGGAGCUCCUUAAGCAGGCAAAGUUAAAGGCCAUUGCAGAGGAGCAGGCGGCGAAGAAGAAGAGAUUGGAGGAAGAGAUGCUGAGGUUUCAGAAGGAGAAGAUGUUGCAAAUACAGUUAGAGGAAGAGGAAAGAAGAAGGGCUGCAGAGGAAGAAGCAGCAGCAGAGGAGGAGGAAGAAGAAGAAGAAGAGCCCCUUGAAAGAAAACGUGGAGAAGAGAGAGGGGACAGUAGUGGCACGAAGGAGGAGGACAGAUGGAGGGAGAAGAAGAUAAGUGAAUGGGUGGCUAAUUUAUCCUUGGGAGAAGAUGAAGAGGUACAACUAUAUGUGCCGCAGGAGGAGAGGGAGGCGUUUGCCAGGGCACUAGAGCUGAUAGAGGAUCCCCUGGAACACCAGGCGACAAAAGAUGAAAAGUUGGAGUGGAAAUUGAAGAUGAUGAGGGAGGAAGCCAGCAGAAUAGCAGGGGAGGUUGAACGAGUGCGAUCCGGCAGCGUCUCUCUAGGCACGUCCCUCACAGGCGUGGCAGAGGAAUUGAAGGAGAGGAUGCCUGCCUGGGCCAAGAUGAAGAAAGAUAGUAAAGGGCAGCUAGUGCUAGUGGAUGUAGAAGUGUUCAGGACUAGAGUAGGGGCCCUUGUAGACUCAGGGGCUACUUGUAGUUACAUUAGCCGUAGGGCGCUAAAGAAGUUGAGGCUAGGAUUGAAAGUUCAGAAGUUGGAAGACCCUAUAGUUAGUGUCCUCGCAGACAACCGCACUAUGCGUGUUGAGGACUACGUAGAGGGAGUCCAAGCGUACUUUCGCCUAGAGAAAGAUGGGAAGGUGGAGAAAGUUCUCCAUUCCCUGACUCUCCUCGUACAGGAUGACCUUCCGUUUGACAUAGUCCUAGGCAUGGACUGGGGAGAGGCAGCAGGGGCCACACUCCACUUGAGAGAGCAUGAGUGUAGGCUCCCUAGUCUGUCAGGCGAGGUUAAGACAGCCCGUUUGUUUCAUGUGUCAGGAGUAGAUGACUUGCUGGCACAUUGCUGUCUCAGUGCUCCCGUGUUCGUGCGACUAGUGAGAAAGGAGCAAUUAGAGGAUCAGGUCUUCGUAGUGUAUGAUAGACCUGUCACUGAGCCUAAUCAAAAGGAUAGUUCCACGGAUCCAGCCAUUGCCAAGCUGCUGGAAGAGUUUAAAGAUCUUACAAAGCCGCCGACAGGAGUAGUGUCGCGGCCGAUCCAGCAUAGGAUAGAGAUAGAGCCUGGCAGUAAAACUCCUAAGGGUGCAGUCUACAGGAUGUCCCCUAGAGAGUUACAGGAGCUGCGCAAGCAACUAGAUGAGCUCCUUGAGAAGGGUUGGAUUAGGCCCAGUUCGUCUCCUUUUGGAGCACCAGUUUUAUUUGUCCCCGAGAAGGAAGGAGAGUUGCGCAUGUGUAUAGACUAUAGGGGUCUGAAUGCAAUUACCGUUAAGAAUGUUGAACCACUGCCCAGGAUAGACGAUCUCUUGGAUAGGGUGCAGGGUUGCAUGUAUUUCUCAAAGAUAGAUUUGAAGUCCGGUUAUCAUCAGAUAGAGGUCCAUCCUGAUGACCAAUACAAGAUUGCAUUCUGGACUAGAUAUGGGCGUUAUGAGUUUAUGAGGAAGUUCUCGACUAUCGCCGCACCCCUUCGCAUAUUGUUCAAGAAAGAAGCGAUCUGGCAAUGGGAUAAGGACUGUACGUCUGCGCUAAAGAAGUUGAAGCGCUCGUUGAUAGAGUACCCUGUCCUCAAGGUAGCAGAUUCGUUGUUGCCAUUUGUCGUCACCACGGACGCGAGUCAGUAUGGGAUAGGCGCCGUGUUACAGCAGGAUGAGGGCAAUGGCUACAGACCCGUAGAGUUCAUGUCAGCAAGGAUGCCCUCAGAAAAAGUUGAGCACUUCAUGAAGAUGCUCAAGUCGUGCCCUUUCCGGACAGGGGAGAUUGUGCAUAAGGUGGUGGCCCAAGGGGCGAAGGUGCUGCCAAGCGACAAUACGACUUGCUACCUGUUGCAGAAUUAUCGACAGUUGCACAUGUCCAUGGGGGGGGCUGCAGCAAAUGACGAUGCGAACGCGGUUGUUCGUCGUGGUUAUGAGGAGGAGCCACAACCGCCGAUUACCGCCGGGAGGGAGCUAGUCGAGGAGAUGGCGCAGCGGGGAAAGGAAAGUGCAGCGGGGGAGGCGUUGCGAGAAGAGUGUGAUUCCACCACAAGGGUGGCUCCGUUGCAGCAAACGACCAUCACGAGAUGGGUGGACAACGCAACUCUAAAGAAGUUGGACAUUGCAUGGGCGGAGGCAAUGUUCCGGGCGGGAAUUGCAUUCAAUUUUUUGAACUUUGGGACCACUCUCAAACAGCACGAGGUGUAUUUGGAGGUGGCUAACGCACGACCGAAGGUGAAAUUGCCUUUUGCAAAGCACAUCCGGACGAUGAUGCUCGACUUUAUCUUUUUGCGCACUCAAAAGCAAGUGCAGCCUCUGACUGCAUGCUGGGAUGUCACGGGCUGCACUUUCAUCACUGACGGGUCGAGCGAUGAGAGGGAAAGGCCUGUCAUGAAUUUAUUGGUGGCGGGGGAGCAGGGAACGGUCCUAGUGGCGAAGGUGUCGAUGGACGGAAAGAAGAAGACCGGAACUGCGCUGGCCAGACUUUGGGAGAAGAUAAUGAGGGAGGUCGGAUUGCAUCGCAUCAAUGCAAUUUGCACCGACAAUGCGGAGGUGAACAUGAAGGCCACGCAGGUUUUGGAGCGGCGCACGGACUUGGCGGUUUCAUGGAUACCUUGGGUUCCGUGUGCUGCGCAUUGCUGCAGCUUGCUGCUACGGGACAUCAGCAAGUUGGAUUGGAUCAAGGGCACGUAUAGCCACACCAUUAUGGUUGAAGGGAGCCUUGCCGGGAGAUGGAAGGCGAUGCGGUGGUCGAUGACCAAGCUGCAGUCCAAAGCGGAUCUUGUCUUCUUCACGUUGAGGAGGGAGGGUUGGUGGACGGAGUUGAAGAAGGUGGUAGAGGUGAUGGAGCCAUUGUAUGCCUUGCUUCGGAGGAUGCACAAGGACGGGACUGCCCCGUCAAACCUUGUGGAGUACCCCCGACUAAUAGAGAGGGCGCUGGCGGAGGCCGUGCUGACCGCGGGGCAGCGAGGUAGGGUGCUCGAGAAGGUGAGGGACCGCAUGAAGAUGAUGUGGCAACCAGUACACACCUUGGCUUUUAUUCUCGUCCCACGGAGGAGAGAGCCGAAGGAGUUGUUGGACCGGGACAACGCACUUGUGCAGAAUGCGCUGCGUUAUUUGCAGCGGCAGAUCGGCGGUCCUUGGAAAUCGGAGGCCCACGUGGAGAUUCUCAGCGACCUGCGGGAGUUCCACAAAAAACCCACCGCGUACGACCCCCGGCGCAAGGACUCGAAGAUGUGGGAUGAUGAUGCAGUCGCGGAUUGUGACCGCAUCUCGCCGUCAGAGUGGUGGGCAACUCAUGGCGGCAGUGUGCCGAAGCUGCAGUCCAUUGCCAUUAAAAAGGACAAGACGGAGGAGGAGCUGGUGCGGGAACGGGCCUUCAUCAAGACACCAAAGGGCAGGAUUCCGAAGAGCCUUGAAGACGAGGAGGAGGAGUGCACCGACGACAGCGACCUUGACGACGAGGUGUGGGAGGGGAAGACUCCAUGGUCGGAAGCGUCUAGCGAAGGGGAGGUUGAUGAGUCAUCGGACGAUGACUUUGAGUUGGGAAUCCCAUCGUCAAUCCCAUGCACCACAUAUGUUGAGAGGAGGGAAGCAGCACAGCGCCGUCGAGAACGGCCGCCCACAACUCCAUCUCAAUGCACGGCGAAUACCACAGCACGUUACAACAUCCAAUCGGAUGUCAAGCUACCACAGACCGACACUGACAUGGAGAUGGUGCUUCGCCCCGGUCCAAUCAAUACGGACGAGGAGGCGGCCGACCUUGCAAAGGCAUGGGCUGGUUCGGAUCAAGAACGGGUCCAAAGGAGAAUGAGGGAGGAGGAGGAGCGGCACGCAGCCAUACCAACCCGCAGAGAAUUGGAGAAGCUAAAGAAGAGGGUUGGAGAGCGAGAAUCGGAGCCAGUCGGGAGUAUGGGCCAGCUAGAGGAGGAGAAAGAAGAGGUGAUGGGCCAGCAAGAGGAGGAGGCAGAACACAAGAUGGGCCAGCCAGCGCAGGAAGAAGAAAAGAUGGAGGAGCAAGAGGAGGACGAAAAACAGGCUGGCAUGGAUCAGCGAUAGGAGGAGAUGGAGAAGGAGGAAGGGAAGGGCUCCGAACAGCAAGAAGAGGAGCUGGAAGAGAGCGAGAAGGAGCAUCAGCAGGAAAAGAUGGAGAACAUCGAGGAGCAGCAGCAGCAGAAGCAUGCACCGACAACCGUUUACAAGCGUCGGAAGCAAACUGUGGAGGCUGCUGGGCCACCGGAGAAUGGUGGUUCAGAACCAUUUGAAACUUUUUGUGUGUCCUUGCAGAUUAAUAAAGUGGGGCAAGAAUA